GUAACUUUAACACUCAGUGCUUGUCCUGAGUUUCUUCACACGUUCCGUGAGUGGAGGAGGAGAACCCGAGUUGACUCACUCCUUGAUGCUUCCCAGACAAACCCAGAUCCUUAGGACGACAUAUUACAGACUCUGAGGGCUCGCUUUACGAUUCGAAAUGAGCGGAAAUGAAUAUGCCCUGGAAAUUGAAAGUAGUAAAAAUCUUGGGGUCUCAGCUGUGAUGGGGUCUAGUUAACUGCUGGUGGUUUCUCGUUGCAGCAGGAUCAAGGUGAAAAGGAGAACCCCAUGCGGGAACUUCGUAUCCGCAAGCUCUGCCUCAACAUCUGUGUGGGGGAGAGUGGGGACAGACUGACCCGGGCAGCCAAGGUGUUGGAGCAGCUCACAGGCCAGACCCCUGUGUUUUCCAAAGCUAGAUACACUGUCAGAUCCUUUGGCAUCAGGAGAAAUGAGAAGAUCGCAGUCCACUGCACAGUCAGAGGGGCUAAGGCAGAAGAAAUCCUGGAGAAAGGUCUGAAGGUGCGAGAGUAUGAAUUAAGAAAAAAUAACUUCUCAGAUACUGGAAACUUUGGCUUUGGGAUCCAGGAGCACAUCGAUCUGGGUAUCAAAUAUGACCCAAGCAUUGGUAUCUACGGCCUAGACUUCUAUGUGGUGCUGGGUAGGCCAGGUUUCAGCAUUGCAGACAAGAAGCGCAGGACAGGCUGCAUUGGGGCCAAACACAGAAUCAGCAAAGAGGAGGCUAUGCGCUGGUUCCAGCAGAAGUAUGAUGGGAUCAUCCUUCCUGGCAAAUAAAUUCCCGUUUCUAUCCAAAAGGCCAAUAAAAAUAUUUUCCAUGAACUGUGCA